GCGGCGCUGGGAUGAGCUCACCCCCGUUCCGCGGCCUCUCCCGGCGGGGCCGGCCCGGGGCUGGGUCCGGCUCGGGGCUCGGCUCCGAUCCCGUCCCGAGAAUUCCCAAAGAGCCUCGGCAGUUCCCCCCGCGGCGUUUUCCAGCCGGCCUGGGAGAGGAACAAAUGGGGCUCAUUCCCGUUUUCCCGGCUUUUCCCCGGGUUUGGGGGCUCGUGGCGGUCCCCGGUCCGCGGCCUCUCCCGGCCUGGGGCCGGGCCCGGCUCCGGUCCCUGUCCCGAGGAAUCUUCUCCUUCCCUGGAAAGGCGAAACAGCCCCGGGAGUUCCCCCCGCGGUGUUUUCCAAGCGUGGGAAAGGAAUAAUCGGGGUUCAUUCCCGUUUUUCCGGCUUUUCCCGGGGUUUUGGGGCUCGUUGUGGUGCGGGGCAUUGGGGUGGGAUGAGGAAUCCUCUCCUUCCCUGGAAGGCAAAAGAUCUUGAAAAAAGAUCCUGAAAAAAACCCACUUCCAAUGUUUUAGUGUGUCCAAGGAAAAUAGGGAAUAAAUGGGGUUAAUGAAGAUCCUCAGGAACUCACCCACUGCAGGGAAAAUCAGGAAUAACUGGGGUUCAUUCCCGUUUUUCUGGCUCUGGGUGGGAAUGAGGAUUCCUGCUGUUCCGGAGGGUUGGGAAAGGUUUUCAGGGGUGGAUGAGGAUAAAAGAUAAGGAGCCCGCGAUAACAAUGAGCACUUUCCCUGGCAGGCAUUUCCCUGGAAAUGAGGAAUUUCCCUGGAAUUCUCUCCUUGAACCCCAAUCCCGGGCAGAUGUUUCCCGCUGGGCUCUGGCUCUAGGAUGUUGGAGAACCGGGAGGAAGUGAGGAGCGCUCCUGGUUUAUCCCCCAAAUCCCGGAACCGGGGCGAGCGGAAUUCUUGGGAAUUCCAUCCCUGUGGACAAUUCCUGGGAGAACGCGGGGCCGAGUCCCACAGGGCAGCUGGGAGUGGGAAUGUCUGGAAAAGCAGGGAUGGGCAUGGGAGUGCCUGGAGAUGUUUGUGCCAUUCCCAGGAAACUGGAAAAGCAGCGAUGGGGUGGAUCCCGGUUCUUUUGAGCCCCUGAUCCCAUUUCUGGGAAGCUGGGAAGGCAGGAAUGGGAAUGGCUGGGAAUGGCUGGGGGUGUCUGUGCCGUUCCCGGGAAGCUGGAGCAGCCAGGCCGGGCUGGGUCCCCGUUCCCAGUCCCAUUCCAGGACAGCAGGGUGGGGAUGGUCCCUGAGCCCCGUCCCGGCCUCCCGCAGGAGCUGACCACGGUGCGGGUGCAGGACCCGCGCGUGCAGAACGAGGGCUCCUGGAAUUCCUACGUGGAUUACAAGAUCUUCCUGCACACCAACAGCCGGGCCUUCACCGCCAAGACCUCGUGCGUGCGGCGCCGCUACCGGGAGUUCGUGUGGCUGCGGCGGCAGCUCCAGCGCAACGCCGGCCUGGUGCCGGUGCCGGAGCUGCCGGGAAAAUCCGCGUUUUUCGUGGGGAGCACGGAUGAGUUCAUCGAGAGGCGCCGGCAGGGGCUGCAGCACUUCCUGGAGAGCUGUGCCAGCCUGGGGAGCACCCAGGGCUGCCUCGAGAGCUUCCCCUACUGGGGUGACCUGGGCAUGGACGAGGCACGGCCGGAGAGCCCCGAGCGUCCAGGACACCCAGUGACCCCCCUGGACAGCCCUGAGUGUCCAACCGGACAUGGAGUGACCGCCCUGGACAGCCCUGAGUGCCCAGCUGGACAUGGAGUGACCGCCCUGGACAGCCCUGAGUGCCCAGCUGGACAUGGAGUGACCCCCCUGGACAGCCCAGAGUGUCCAACUGGACAUGGAGUGACCCCCCUGGACAGCCCUGAGUGUCCAACCGGACAUGGAGUGACCCCCCUGGACAGCCCAGAGUGCCCAGCUGGACAUGGAGUGACCGCCCUGGACAGCCCAGAGUGCCCAGCUGGACAUGGAGUGACCCCUAAGGAGAGCCUGGAAUUCCCGAAAUUCCCAGCUGGACACUGAGUGACCCCUCUGGAGAGCCUGGAAUUCCCAGCUGGACACUGAGUGACCCCUCUGGAGAGCCUGGAAUUCCCAGCUGGACACUGAGUGACCCCUCUGGACACCCCCAGGCCCCGCAGGCCUCGCUGGGAGCGGGAUCAGCGCCACUGGGAUGGCCGGACUGGGAUGCACUGGGAGCACUGGGAGCACUGGGAAUGCGGCCCCAGCCGGGGCCGAGCUCUUCCCCAGCACAUUCCUGAUAUUCCCGAUAUUCCCAGCAGUGUUUUCCUCACUCUGCUCCUGCUCAGAUCCCUCUGGAGCCCCCAAACUGGGCUCAAAUCCCCAAACUGGGCUCAGAUCCCUCUGGAAUCCCCAGACUGGGACAGUCUGAGCCGAGCAUUCUGCUGGGAAGAGGGAGGGAUGGGGCUGGAAUUUGUGUCCCCUUCCCUCUGGGGCUGCUCCAGGGAUUUUUGGGAAAGCGGGAGCAGCCCGCGCGUGGUUUUGGUGUCUUCCCCUCCCUCAGCACUUGGUGUGGGCAGGAAAUAAAAAUAAAUAAAAAUUAAAAUAAACCAAUAAAACUCAAA